GCUGACGUAGCACGGAAGCAUGCACAUGCGAGCCGGCGAGCACGAUGGCGGCCACCCGUCUCCUUGGGGCUUCCCGGAUGUGGGCCCACUGUCAGCUCCGGGUUCUCCCGGUCCCCGGAGGACCUGGAAGACCCUUCGUCCGGGACUACGCCAAGAAGCCAGUCAUGAAGGGCACCAAAGGCACCAAGGGUAGUGUGGCCACUGAGGCCCUGAAGGACCCGGAGGUAUGCACAGACCCUGCCCAGCUAACCACACACGCCAUGGGGGUGAACAUCUACAAGGAAGGCCAGGAUGUGGCCCUGAAGCCAGACUCAGAGUACCCAGAGUGGCUAUUCCACAUGAACUUGGGUCCCCCCAAAAAACUGGAGGAGCUGGAACCCGAAUCCCCAGAGUACUGGCGGCUGUUGCGCAAGCAGAACAUCUGGCGUCACAACCGGCUAAGCAAGAACAAGAAACUAUAGUGCGUGGAUGGGACACCUCACAGGAAGCUGCCCUGCCAGGGCCAGCAAGAGGGCUCAGGGGGAAAGGGGCUUGCUACCCAGCUCAAGACCUGAGUUCAGUCCCCAGAACUCGCAUGGCGGAAGGAGAGAAAUGACUGCUGUACAUUGUCCUCCAACCCCCACGUGUAUCUUUGCAAGUGCAGGACAUAUGUGUAGACACACUAUGAGCAGACACGAAUAAAAGACACCAUGGCAGUGGGUGCACAUUACUGCCCCGUGAAGCCA